GUGAAUUAGUGUCUCCUUUCGUCGGCUACAAGUGUGUUAGAUAUCGUACUGGAAUAUUUUUUAUUCAAUUGAGUUGAGGACAUGAACUGCAUGACGUAUUUUUUAUUACUAAUUUUAUUCUCAACUGUAAAGUCCAAAAAAGUUUCAAUAUAUGUUAAUCCAUAUUCGACCGACAUUACAAGAUGCGACUUCAUAAAUGGCGAUGACACAAAUGUCAACUGUUACGGAAAAUCUCUGAUGGAGAUCCCGAACAAUCUGUCAAGAUAUCUCUCUAAAUUAAGCAUCACUCAUAGCGGGAUUAAACAUAUAACUAAGAGUUCCUUUGACGACUACAGGGAAGAAAUGAAAGACGUUACCCUGUCCAAUUUGCCAUAUUUACGAGUAAUCGAAGAUGGUACUUUCAGUGAUAUGCCUAAAUUAAGAACAUUAUACAUUUCUAAUGCACCUCAGAUAAUGUUUCUACAUGGAGUACUGAAAGGAAUUACAUCACAUACUUUUUAUUCAUUAAGGAUAGUGUGGACGAGACUAACAGAAAUUCCUGACCUAUACGAUCUUUCGAUAAACAACACGUUAUUUCUUUUGGAUCUGGACCAUAAUAAUAUUCAACAUCUUCAAGCAAAUUCAGUCAAGGUGAAAGCACAACAAGUGACAAUUAAUUUUAAUCCAUUAGAAGCAGUAGACGAUUAUGCUUUUAAUGGCUCUCAAAUAGCAGAACUGCAAAUGCACUCUAACUUUCAACUAAGAACAUUAGGUACCAAAGCCUUUAGUGGUCUUGCUAGUCUACAGCUAUUAGACUUAUCCCACACUUCGAUUACAAGACUGCCCAGUGAAGGAUUGCAAGAAUUGGAAACUUUAAAAAUAGAAGCGACGCAUACGAUGCAAACUAUUCCUAGUAUUUACGAUUUGGGGAAUUUAAAAACAGCCAAGCUGACACAUUCCUUUCACUGCUGUGCAUUCCAAUACCCGGAACAACACAAUCCCAGUAAACAUGCUCAAUUUGCCGAAAACCUGAAGAAAAUAUGUGAAUUGGCAAAGUCUGGUGGCAACAUAUUACGUAGAAGGAGAAGAUCAAGCAACAAUGAAUGGCCCUUUACACCUCACGAAUCGGAGAAUAUCUCCAGUUCAGAUUAUCUACUCCGAUCACGGCUGUACGAAGCAAUACACCCCUUAAAAGGCAAAGUUUUGGGUCAGGAGGAAGGGAAAAUUAUUAAUACAAUGAACGACGAAUACGACGAAGAGGAUGGAUUCUUCCACUCGGAUGUUACGAAAAUUAAUGAUACCGUGACAAGCACUCAUUGUGGAAACAUUGUAAUCAGGAUACCUGAAGUGGAAUGCCUACCGGAACCAGACGCUUUAAAUCCAUGCGAAGAUAUAAUGGGAAUGUCGUGGUUGCGAAUAUCAGUAUGGUGCGUGGUCGUAUUGGCAUUGCUUGGAAACCUGGCAGUUAUGAUCGUUUUUCUAUUCAGUCCGACUGAAAUUAACGUGGCCCGAUUCCUGAUCUGUAAUUUGGCAUUUGCAGACUUUUGUAUGGGUUUAUAUCUACUGCUGAUAGCUGCGAUGGAUUUUCAUUCCGUUGGACAGUAUUUUAAUUUUGCCUAUAAUUGGCAAUAUGGUAUCGGAUGUCAAAUAGCAGGGUUUUUAACCGUUUUUUCGAGCCACUUAUCUAUAUAUACAUUAACCAUAGUAACACUGGAGCGGUGGUUCGCCAUUACCUACGCUAUUCAUCUAACGAAAAGGAUUACUAUCAAAUGUGCCAUGUACAUUUUGCUUGCAGGUUGGGUUUACUCAUUUAUUAUAGCGAUCCUCCCGAUCGUUGGAAUAAGCAACUAUAGUAGCACAAGCAUAUGCCUACCGAUGGAAAGUAAAGAAGUCGUCGACAAAAUUUAUUUAUACACUGUAAUAUUUAUUAAUGGAGCAGCGUUUGCUCUUAUCGUUUUUUGCUACGUUCAAAUAUAUCUCAGUCUUGGCUACGAGACCAGAAGAGCUAGCACUAAAGGCGAGAUGACCAUCGCGAAGAAAAUGUCAUUACUUGUUCUUGUGGAUUUUGCAACAGUUGCUCCAGUUGCAUUUUUUGGAUUGACUGCCUUGGCUGGAUAUCCUUUGAUCGGCGUCACGAAAUCGAAGAUAUUGUUGGUGUUCUUUUAUCCGUUAAAUGCCUGUGCCAAUCCUUAUUUAUAUGCUGUGAUGACAGCCCAAUAUAGACAGGAUUUUCUAAAGCUAGUUUCAAGGUGCAAAAACUGUAACAAACAUAUUGAGCCUCACAAGACCGAUUCCGUUCCGUUGUCUAUAUCCAACCACACGCACAAAAAUGGCUGUUGUGCAACACAAGAUUAA